AUGGGAACGAAGCCAUACCUUGGUCUGCGGGGCAAUGCACUGCUCCGAGCCGCCGUCAUGCUGGUCGUAGGCCCAACCUUCACCUGUUACGGCUACAAUAUGAGCGUCGCCGGCGGUCUUUUGACCCUCGAGUCGUUCAACAAUCAGUUCCCAAGAAUGGACACCAUCCACGCCGGCGCGGGGAAGCAGCAUGAGAACUCGCAAAUCCAAGGCACCGUCAUUGCGCUGUACACCGUCGGAGGAAUCUUCGGUGCCUUGUCAUGCGUUUACCUGGGUGAUCUCCUGGGACGGCGAAGAGUCAUCUUCAUUACAAACCUGGUGUCCAUCAUCGGUGCCGUCCUUAUGGCCUCAUCCUUCCAGUUCGCCCAGUUCAUCGUGGCGAGGCUGAUUCUCGGUCUCGGUACAGGAGGGUGCGUGGCGACAGUCCCCGUCUGGCAGUCGGAAAUUUCCCCGGCGCAUAAGCGAGGGUCCAACGUGGUGACUGAUGGGAUAUUCGUGGGAGUGGGGGUCACCAGCGCCCUGUGGAUUGACCUGGGUUUUUACUUCGUCAAGAACAACUCCGUAUCCUGGAGGUUCCCUCUGGCCUUCCAGGUUGUCCUGUCGCUUACGGCCAUGAUUUUUAUCACAAUGCUCCCCGAAUCUCCCCGCUGGCUCAUCAAGAAGGGUCGACGCGAGGAAGCCCGGACGGUUCUUGCCGCACUGCAAGAUCUUGAAUGCGAGUCGGAUACGAUUACCAACAGCAUCCACGAUAUUGACACCUCUCUGGCCCACGCCGGAUCCGGAUCCUGGCGUGAUAUGUUCACGAUGGGGGAGCAGCGCCUUUUUCAUCGCGCGUACCUGGCCGCCACCGGUCAGAUGUUCCAGCAAAUGUGCGGAGUGAACCUGAUCACCUACUACGCAACGACCAUCUUCGAGCAGUAUCUCGGCAUGGAUGCGGUGCCAGCCCGCAUUCUGGCGGCCGCAAUGGGUCUAACUCAGCCAUUCGGUGGCUUCCUGGCCUUUUUCACCAUCGACCGUCUCGGCCGGCGCCCUCUGAUGUUAUGGAGUGCCGGAGCCAUGUCGGUCUCCAUGGCGAUUCUGGCCGGCACGACCUCCACCAACAACAACACAGGCGCCCUAGUCGUGGCCGUCAUCUUCCUCUACGUCUUUCAGUUUAUCUUCACCGUCGGUUACUCGGGCCUGACUUUCCUCUAUGCCGCGGAAAUGGCGCCCCUCCAGAUACGCGCUGCCGUCAGCGCCGUUUCUACCGCCACAGUGUGGACGUUCAACUUCCUGCUGGCACAGGUGACCCCGGUUGGCUUUGCCACUAUCUCGAAUCAGUAUUACAUUAUCUUCGCAGCCAUCAAUGCCGCCAUCGUUCCAUGUGUAUAUUUUUUCUUCCCCGAGACCAAGGGUCGCUCGUUGGAGGAGAUCGACGAGAUCUUCGCACAGUCGAAGUCUAUAUUCGACCCCGUUCGGGUGGCUCGUUCCAUGGGCAAGUUGCAGGUGGUCCAGGCGUGCUCCGAUAGGGGCGAGGACACCGUCUCCAGCGACAAUAAUGCUAAUGAUAUGAAGGAGUAG